UUGACAAUUGACAGCUGGAAUUUUUUUGUACAGUUUUGAAGUUUUGAACUUUUCUAGAUUCCUCGUCAAAUUAAAUCGAAAAACUAGUCAGUAUAGCAUAAUAUAUUUUUUAAGUUUCGUUGAGUUUAAUUAUUUUUAGGAAUAUUUAGUUAGCAUACAAUGAUAACACUUAAUAGGAAGCUAAAAAAAGAACAUACGGAGGCGACAAACGGGGUUAAAAUUGAACCUUCAAAAAGAAUAUCAGUUAGAGACAAGUUACUUGUUAAAGAAGUUCAAGAAAUGAAUGAAAAUCUUCCUACAACGUGUUCAGUGCAUUUCGAGGAUCCUAAUGUUUUAAGUGAAUUUAUUUUGACCGUAGCACCUGACGAAGGUUAUUGGUCGGGAGGAAAAUUCAAAUUUAGUGUCUUUGUUACAGAAGAUUAUAAUAUGGCUCCUCCAAAAGUGAAAUGUCUAACUAGACUGUGGCAUCCCAAUAUAAAUGUAGACGGAGACAUUUGUCUGUCGCUGCUUCGUCAGACUUCUAUAGAUGAACACGGAUGGGCACCGACUCGAAGGCUCAAGGAUGUUGUCUGGGGACUUAAUUCGUUAUUUACUGACUUAUUAAAUUUCGAUGAUCCGUUAAACAUAGAAGCUGCGGAGAUGUAUAAAAUGAAUAAAACUAAGUUUCAAUCGAAGGUCUUAGAGUAUAUAGCAGUGUCAAAAGGCAAGAGAUGAGGAAAGUUUUACCCGAUUAUUGUUAAUAACAAUUCCUAGCUAUCAUAGAGGACUUUUAAAUCUUCAGAAAUUAGGUAUAGUGUAAUAUAAAAAAGAAAUACUCCAAAACAGUGAUAAAUAAAAACUUUUCAUAAUUAUAAACGACCGUUUAUAAUGUACAUAAUACGUUGGUGUUCAUCGUAGCUCGAUUGUGAACUGAUUAGGGAGUAAAUUGUUUAAUUAAUUUUGUUUAAAUUAUUUUGAUAAUAUUGUGUCUUGGGGAAAGUACUAGAUUGUUAUUAAUCUCCGUUCAUUAAUAGUUAUGUAAACACAUUUCUGUUGCGUAUAAUCAAAACUCGGUUAGAAUUUGAUCUUUUGCAAUAUUAAGUAGUUUUUAAUUGUUAUGUUUAAUUGAACAAUUGUCUUAGUAAGUUAUAACCGACAAAGAGAAUGUGAAUCACAUGAAAUAGUCUAUAUUAUCUACAUGUAAAUAAAUCAAAUGUUUCUGUUUUUGAACUAAUCAUUAUGUUUAUAUACUAAGUUCAAAGUUCCUUUUUGGAUUAGACAGCCUAUUUUCUAAACAAUGUUUUAGACUAUAUUACAUCACGCUAUGAACGGAAGAAAUAACUAUGCUUAAGUAGGUUAAACAGUUUGGGUUGCUUGGUGUAAUAAUCAUAUUUAUUUCCAACUAGCUGGCACAUUGUCAUUGACAUUGUUUUGCAUUGUUUUCUAAAACAUUACGUUUUUCUUUGCAAUCUUCUUAAUCUUUUAUUUUGUAAGAUUAUUUUAAAUAGUAUUAGAAAUCUUCAAAAAAAGGUGAGUUGCUCUAAUUGUUCACGAGUAUUGUGCUAACAACACGCUUGAAUGUUCUAGAACAGUCUAGUACUUUCUCUGUAUUACGCCUGCUUUCACAGCUUCAUAUUAUAUAAAUACCUUUUUUAAUUAAAAAUUUUAAUGCAUUGUUUAAAAAAUAUAUUAUAAAAUGCUAAUAGCAUAUUAUACUAUUUUCUGUUUGUCUAAACUAAUUCCAACAUUGUUCAUAUUUUAACCUCAAGAAUGUAAUGUAUAGAUGUGAAUAUAUUAUUUGAAAUGAAAAAGAUAUAUUACAUAUUGUAUAUUACA